CAGUAAUCCGGGGCUUCUGCAAGCAAACUCGAACAAGAACAUGAAAAAUAUCUGAUCUGGAUUUUGGACUCGAACCAUUUACACCCCCACCGCCACCCUCACUACCGCCACUACCACCAUCUUUGUCCACCUGUAGUGUUUAAAAGUGCUUUUUUUCUUUUUUAAAGGACCACAGAUAGUGUUAAAUUGAAUGGAAUUCAGUCCAGGAAUCCAACAUCUGGAAUAUCCAAAGUCUGGAAUUCAGUCGAUGGUGGUUUGACUGGACACUUAGGGGACUGAUCAUUGUCGAUUCUGGCUUUGUCUGGGGUUUAAAAGAAAAACAAGAGCAUGAAUCCACUGUGGAAAGUGUACAAGAGCAAGGUGAUGAAGACCAUCAACCCUGAUGCAGAGGAAGAGGCUGUUGAAGAGGUGUGUGAGCCAGUGGAGGAAAUGACUCCAGUCCAGCAUGAUGAAGGACCAAGUGCUGUGUCUCAGCUGGCAAAAAGAGUGCAGGGCGUAGGGACGAAGAGCUGGAAGAACAUGACUGCUCUAUUUAAUAAAGACGAUGAGCACCAGCUCCUAAAGUCUGAGACUGAGAGUCAGCCUGUACCGGACCACCCACUCGCGGUGAAGCCAGAAGAGCCGACACGAGCCAGCAGGCGCAACACGGGAUUCUGGGAUACCUUCGCCACCAAGUGGAACCAGGCAGCUGCUAUGAAACAAGCUGAGGCAGGGGAGGCGGUCUGUGAGGGUGGAUCCGAUGUGAGGAGUCAGGAAGAAGGGGAUCAUGCAGGAGUGGAGAACACAAUGGGGGAAGAUGGAGGUGGCCAGGGCAACAGCUUCUCCAAAUACGCCUCUCUGGGCGGGGGCGAUGAUGACGCACCUGCCUUUAAGUGGAACUUUGUGACCAGCAAGCUGGCUGAGCUGAAGAGCAAAAGCAUGACCAAGAGCAACUAGCCAUCGAUGUAGGAGAAUACCAGAGACAGAAACAUGUAUUGAAAUGGGUAGAAUCUUGUCUGUGUCUGGAUUGGUUGCUCUUUCUGUAUGAACCUGAUUCAUCACAAUCUCUUUUCUGGCUUUACUUGAUGUAUCGCUGCACUACACACACAUAGACACACUCACACACGCACACACACACACACUCUCUUCAGGGAAUUCUCAAUCACAAUAGGUUUCUGAUGGCCAUCUUAUUUUGCACUCCAAGUAUAGUGUAGUGAGAUUUAAUUCUUGAUAUCAUUUCUGUGGAUUCUUUUACCUUCAAAUCAUCUUUUGCACCUGAAAAACUGUCAACUUAAACAAGUCAUCUUGCACUUGAUCUAUUAACUACUAUAUAGAACUAUUAAUUCUCUUAAUAUUUAUUCAUUUAAUAAGUAGCUACUGCUUCGUGGGCUGUAGUGGAGGAGUAGUGGUUAGGAAUGUCGCACCACCGUGA